UCAGCGAAGAGGUUUCACACAGCUGCUAGUGCCGGAUAAAAAUAUAAACAAUUUGUAAAGAAUAAUAAAAAUGAGUCUACCAGCAGCAUUAUUGCAGCGCUUGAAGAAGCGUGGACUUGUGACGAAACAAUCCAGUUCCGCACCUGCAUCGGAAGCUAUAGAAGAAAUUAUAGCCGAAAACUAUGACGACGACGACAAGAACAGCAGUCCCUACGUAUAUAAAGAGGAACCCGAACCGAAGCGCAAAAAUCCCGAGGAGCAGUUCUGGUCAAACAGGAUCAAAGAGCGGAUUGGAGUCAACGAAUCGCAUCAUGGUUACAAACUGUGCCCCAACAAGUACAAUAUCUGGCACAAGUGCUCCCUCUACUGCGUCAACAGAUGGACCAACGCUCCGAACUUGCAGCCCAGCCAAAAGUAUCUCAAGCGCUACAAGAGGUUGUUGCGUAAAUACCCACUGGAGUCGAGCUGGAAGGACGUCUAUGACAAAGGCUGCAAGGCAUACUACUUCUUUAAUACCACCACUCAAAUGGUUUCCUGGCUACCGCCAUCCCAUCCCAAAGCCCGGGUUACUCCUAGUGCAGCAGUGUUUCGCCGGCAACUAGCCAAUUCCAAUGAUGAAUUUAACUUUGAUUCCCAAAACCUGGUCCUGCAGAAAACUUCUGGUGGCGGCGACCUAAACGACGGGGAGAAUCCUUUCUCUUCGUCUGUUUACGUGCCCGCCAAGAAGCAAAAAUCAAGGGACUUGGAUAGGAAACUCCAAAGGCGCCGACGAAAUGAGAACUAAUCUAAAUAAGCUAAUACUUUUCAAUUAAAAAAAUAAAAC